AUGUAUAGCAAUGAAUUCAUGCUAAGAGAGUGGGCUGACAUAGAGCUAUUCGUGAACAGGCUUGACUCGGUGGAAUCUGUUCUUCCUUAUGAAUAUACGGCGUUUGAUUUUUGUCAAGCAUCUGAAGGAAAACGUCCAUCUGAAAAUCUUGGUCAGGUGUUAUUUGGGGAAAGAAUUGAACCUUCACCAUAUAAGUUUACAUUUAAUAAGAAGGAGACCUGUAAGCUUGUUUGUACAAAAACAUACCAUACAGAGAAAGCUGAAGACAAACAAAAGUUAGAAUUCUUGAAAAAAAGCAUGCUACUGAAUUAUCAACAUCACUGGAUUGUGGAUAAUAUGCCUGUAACAUGGUGUUAUGAUGUUGAAGAUGGUCAGAAGUUCUGUAAUCCUGGAUUUCCUAUUGGCUGUUACAUUACAGAUAAAGGCCGUGCUAAAGAUGCCUGUGUUAUUAGUUCAGACUAUCAUGAAAGAGAUACAUUUUACAUCUUCAACCAUGUUGACAUAAAAAUACACUACCACGUUGUUGAAACUGGGUCCAUGGGAGCAAGAUUAGUGGCUGCUAAACUUGAACCAAAAAGUUACAAACAUACCCAUAUAGAUAAACCAGACUGCUCUGGAACCCCCAUGGAUAUAAGUAACAAGGCCUCUGGGGAGAUCAAAAUUGCCUAUACUUAUUCUGUUAGCUUCGAGGAAGAUCCAAAGAUCAGGUGGGCAUCUAGAUGGGACUAUAUUCUGGAAUCUAUGCCUCAUACCCACAUUCAGUGGUUUAGCAUUAUGAAUUCCCUGGUCAUUGUCCUCUUCUUGUCUGGAAUGGUCGCUAUGAUUAUGCUACGGACACUGCAUAAAGAUAUUGCCAGAUAUAAUCAGAUGGAUUCUACGGAGGAUGCCCAGGAAGAAUUUGGCUGGAAACUAGUUCAUGGUGAUAUAUUCCGUCCUCCAAGAAAAGGGAUGCUGCUAUCAGUCUUUCUAGGAUCAGGAACACAGAUUUUAAUUAUGACAUUUGUGACUCUAUUUUUUGCUUGCCUGGGAUUUUUGUCACCUGCCAACAGAGGAGCACUGAUGACUUGUGCUGUGGUCCUAUGGGUGCUGUUAGGCACUCCUGCAGGCUAUGUCACUGCCAGAUUCUAUAAGUCCUUUGGAGGUGAGAAGUGGAAAACAAAUGUUUUAUUGACAGCAUUUCUUUGUCCUGGGAUUGUAUUCGCUGACUUCUUUCUAAUGAAUCUGAUUCUCUGGGGAGAAGGAUCUUCAGCAGCUAUUCCUUUUGGAACGCUGGUUGCCAUAUUGGCCCUUUGGUUCUGCAUAUCUGUGCCUCUAACGUUUAUUGGUGCAUACUUUGGUUUUAAGAAAAAUGCCAUUGAACACCCAGUUCGAACCAAUCAGAUUCCACGUCAGAUUCCUGAUCAGUCCUUCUACACAAAGCCAUUGCCUGGUAUUAUCAUGGGAGGAAUUUUGCCCUUUGGGUGCAUCUUUAUACAGCUUUUCUUCAUUCUGAAUAGUAUUUGGUCACACCAGAUGUACUACAUGUUUGGCUUCCUGUUUCUGGUGUUUAUCAUUUUGGUUAUUACAUGUUCUGAAGCAACUAUACUUCUUUGCUAUUUCCACCUAUGUGCUGAGGAUUAUCAUUGGCAGUGGCGUUCAUUCCUUACUAGUGGCUUUACUGCAGUUUAUUUCUUAAUAUAUGCCAUACACUACUUCUUUUCAAAACUUCAGAUCACCGGAACAGCAAGUACAAUUCUGUACUUUGGUUAUACCAUGAUAAUGGUUUUGAUCUUUUUUCUUUUUACAGGAACAAUUGGCUUCUUUGCAUGCUUUUGGUUUGUUACCAAAAUUUACAGUGUGGUGAAAGUUGACUGAAGAAGCCCAGUGUGUCCAGUUAAAACAGAAAUAAAUUAAAUUCUUCAUCAACAAACAUCUGUUUUGUGACUACCUUGAGUUUUAUCAGACUUAUUGGCCUAGUAAUCCUUCAGAAACAAUAUAAUUCUAAAUACACCUCUUCCCAUACAUUUUUCCCCACAAAAUGUGUUUUCAACACUAAAACAUUUGUAUUGUGAUUUGAUCAAGUAUAUAUUCAGUUGUUCUCAAUGAAGAGCAAAUUUAAAUAUGUGCAUUUGUAAAUACAAUAGCUAUAACAUUUUCAGUACUUCUAAUGAUAGUAAUAGAGGAGGCCAUAUUAAACAAUACCGAUGAAAUACCGGACAGUUCAUUGUAAAUAGAAUUUUCUAGGCUCGGUAGGUGGAAAGAAUUAUUUUUCUUUGAAGGAAAUAACUUUUUAUCAUGGUAAUUUUGAAGGAUGAUUCGUAUGAUGGGUUUAUUGAGAGGAUGUGGCUUUUUAAAAAAAUCCUGUAUUGGUUGUAAUUGUUCAUACUUUCUUUUCUGUGUUGACUUCAUUAUUCCCAUGGUAUUGGCCUUUUAAACUAUGUGCCUCUGAGUCUUUCACUUUAUAAAUUUGUUAUCUUAAUAAAUAUUGUAAAAACGUC